CUCCACUCCCUCCCGCUCGUGACCGGAAGAGCUCGGUCCGUUUCCGGGGUCACGGCGUGUGCAGCGCGCACUGUACAGCGGGGCCUCGCGUGGACGUCGUCGCUGCGGACAGUGCGCCUCACCCAGCGCCCGACGAGAUCUCUACCUCGCCACUUCGCCGCCGACUCGGCCGCGUCGCCCCCGUCGAUUUGAGUUCCCGACACCACCGUCGGGUCAGUGUGUGUUUAGCGCGAAGACUUAGGGGCUGCUGCGUUCACCGCCAUGGGAGUUAAAAACAGACCAAGAUGCUUCUUCGACAUUGCCAUAAACAACAUUCCAGCUGGCAGGAUCGUCAUGGAGCUGUUUUCCGACGUUUGCCCAAAAACCUGCGAAAACUUCCGCUGCCUUUGCACAGGAGAACGAGGUGUGGGCAAAACAACACUGAAACCUCUGCAUUACAAGGGAACUCCGUUUCAUCGCAUAGUCAAGGAAUUCAUGAUCCAGGGCGGUGACUUCAGUGAAGGAAAUGGCAAGGGCGGCGAGUCGAUCUACGGAGGAUUUUUCAACGACGAGAGCUUUGCGGUGAAGCAUGAUGAGGACUUCCUCCUGUCGAUGGCGAACCGUGGGAAAGACACCAACGGCUCGCAGUUCUUCAUCACCACGCGGCCUACGCAGCAUCUGGAUGGGGUGCAUGUGGUGUUCGGCAAGGUGGUGGCCGGGCAGGCGACCGUGCGGGAAAUCGAGAGCCAGAAGACCGACCCCAACAGUCGCCCGUAUGCCGACGUCCGCAUCGUGAACUGUGGCGAGCUCGUCCUCAAGUCUAAGAAGAAAAAGAAGAGGGUUACAGCGGCGGGCAGCGGCGAGGAGUCGCCCUCCUCGUCCGAGAGCUCGUCCAGCAGCUCCAGCGAGACCUCCUCCUCUUCGGACUCGAGCAGCGACAGCGACGAGGAGGCCACAAAGAGGAAGAGAAAGCGGAAGACCAAGAAACACAAAUCUGCCAAGGGCAGAAAGGAGGGGAAACGCGAGAAGACGAGCGAGCCAGAAGUGGCAGCCAAGGAGGCGGCGGCGGCGGCGGAGGUGAGCGCCCCCGAGCGCCACGACAUUGAGAACGAUGGAGCGGUGUCCUCGGUGCGGCCUGACGAGAUCCCCACGGGGCCGUCCAACAGCUUCCUCAUGCGGCGGAGCCCCCAGCGGACGGACGAGCAGAGCAGCACCAUGACAAACUCUGGCGCUGAGUAUCCACGUCAGUGGAACCGGCCCAAGUACACGCGAUCAGGUCGCAAGAUCAAGGGACGCGGACCCAUGCGCUACCGCACGCCCUCGCGCUCGCGCUCCCGCUCGCGCGAGCGCGGCUCCCGCGGGGGCAGGCGCAGCGACACGCCGCCGCACUGGCGCGCCGAGCUGCAACGCCGGCGCCACAGCUGGCAGCUUCAGGGCAACCGGGAGCCGGGGAAGACGGAGCGGUGGAGCGCCGGCAGCGCGCUCGAGACCAGGGGCAAGGAGAGGCACAAGGAGAACCGCAACGACGAGGAGGACGUUGAGCGCAGGAAGAGGAGGAGGAGGAGGCACGGCGACGACGACGACGGCGGCGGCGGCCGGGAGGAGGAGGAGGAGGACCGGAAGAAACCGGCGGGCGACGAGGAGCCGGAGAGGAGGAGGAGGAGGAGGAGCGGCGGCAGGCGGGACGGCCGCCACCGCUCGGAGGACAAGGGAGGCAGCCGGGGGGGCGGCAGGGACGAGGAGAAGGAGGAGCGUAAAAGAGGAGGAGAAAGGAGGGGGAGCAGGAGGGGAGAGAGCCGAGGUGACGUGGGGGGGAAUCACGAGGAGGCGAGGGGCGAGAAGAGGUCGAGGAACGCCGAGAGUGGGAAGGGGAAAGGGGAGGAGAGCAGGUCCGAGGACCGGGAAGACGCUGCAAGAGGACAGCGGGGAGAACAGAGGGCGGACCGCGUGGAGCGGGACGGGCGGGGGGGCGGUAGCGAGGACAGGAGGGGGGGCGACGGAAGGGAGCAGCAGCGCAGGAGGGGGGCGAGCACCGAGGGCAAGGCGGGCGAGGGGCGAGCGCACGGCCGAGACGGGGCCGGAACGGAGGGCGACGCUGCCCCUGACGGGAAGGGGGAGGAGAGGCAGGGGGCCGCCAGCGCUGGGGCGGGGCGGAGGAAGGGAGCCGACGGCCUCCAUGGCCCGGCGGCUCCCGUCGUGGCGUCGCGCUCGCUUGCCCGCUCCGGCCCGCGUGUGUGCCAGGUGGGCGGUGGGUGA